UUCUGACGCUUGGGGGAGGAGAAGUAGUUGCUUGAUAUUUUUGGCCUUCCCCCAUAAAACUGGAGACAGUUUCCUACAUUCCAGGUCUUUUUAAUGUCAGUGUCGGACGUGUCUAUCUCGAAUUCUCUGAAGUUGUUCAUAUUGGUUGACUGCAGAUCUGACUUGCAUUCGCUGUCACCAGCACUGCUCACUGAGGAUUUCUGGAUCCAGACUGAGGGCUCGUGUCCAGCGGACUCUUGAGCAAGAAGGAGUGUGUAAUUUUGGAUUCCUUGGUGGAGGAAAACAAAACAUUCUGGUAUUGCCCCCAACGAUGCAAGUGUGAUUGCUGGCGUCUUCAUGAGCUCCAGAGGUCACAGCACGCUACCAAGAACUCUCAUGGCCCCUCGGAUGAUUUCCGAGGGAGAUCUAGGAGGCAUUGCUCAGAUCACUUCCUCUCUCUUCCUGGGCAGAGGCAGUGUGGCCUCCAAUCGGCACCUCCUCCAGGCUCGUGGCAUCACCUGCAUUGUUAAUGCUACCAUUGAGAUCCCCAAUUUCAACUGGCCCCAAUUUGAAUAUGUUAAAGUGCCUCUGGCUGACAUGCCGCAUGCCCCUAUUGGAUUGUACUUUGACACCGUGGCUGAUAAGAUCCACAGUGUGAGCAGGAAGCAUGGGGCCACCUUGGUGCACUGUGCUGCAGGGGUGAGCCGCUCGGCCACCCUCUGCAUCGCUUACCUGAUGAAAUUCCACAAUGUGUGCCUGCUGGAGGCGUACAACUGGGUGAAAGCCCGAAGGCCUGUCAUCAGGCCCAACGUGGGCUUCUGGAGGCAGCUGAUAGACUACGAGCGCCAGCUCUUUGGGAAGUCGACAGUUAAAAUGGUACAGACACCUUAUGGCAUAGUUCCAGAUGUCUACGAGAAAGAGUCCCGACACCUGAUGCCUUACUGGGGGAUUUAAAGCCACCGCAGCCUGCAUCAGCUGCCCCUCGAGCAGGACCAGCAUCUGCUACACACCGUCUGCUCCCUUCACCUUCUUCUCAAACAGCUGACUUCCGAUUCUCCCUCGUGUUUUUUACACUGGGUGUUCAAAUUUAUUUUAAGAGAUAGGGAUGGGGGAGGGAAAUAAGGGGAAUGCAUACAUUGCUAGUAACAUUUUUAAAACGUUUUGAAAUAGUGUUUAUGAAAAUCUUUAACUGGCUUUUAAUCAUUUUUAACAAUUUGAACAGUUUAAUAAACUGUUUAGUUCUGCUCUCUUCUGAAUCUCAUGCCUUUGGCACUGUGAUAGGUUCAGGAGGAGCUCAGUGCAAAAACCACUUUGGGCCCUGAUUACCCUUUAGAGACAAGCUUUGCCCGAGGUGCCGACCAAACAGCUGUUUAGGGAAGAUUGAUACCAGCUUCAGUCUCUACUGGGUCAGUCCUACUUUUUCCUUUCUUCUCUAUUAUUUAGUAACUCUGUAAGUUAAAAUACUUAAACCUUUGUUAUUUAGCUGUUAAGUAAUUAUAAUGAAAUCUGCUGCAAAAACCCUCUUGGAAUCAAUGUGCCCAGGAUUAUAUUAGCAUUAUUUUUAAUAAACAUAUCUGCUUAACAUA